CUUCCUAGUUCUACUACCCUAACACUCUGCACACGUAUACCCCCUUUCCCAAACCCCCAACGGCCUAAAAACAAUAAACUUCCGACCGAAAAAAGGAAAACUAUGAAAAUAAACAAUAAUAAAAAAACGCUUGAAAGCUGAACCUUGCCCUUAACCUUAACUGACACCCAGAAAUUGAAGAAUCGAUACCCUAGUUAGGGAGUUUGAGAAAAAUGUUUGCAAUUGCAGCUAUUAACGAUACUGACUCUAGAGAGCAAUGGGAACCUUUAGCUCCCACGAAAGAAGCCCAGGAAUUUCAUCUUACACAAACUUACCACGAUGGGCUUCUCAAGUUGCAAGCUAAAGAGUAUGAUAAGGCUCGCCAAUUGUUAGAAUCUGUGCUAAAAGAUCCUCUAUUAUCAAAUGUUCAAGUGGAUAGUAAUGCCAGCGAUGGCCAUCUUCAGCAGCUCAGAUUUCUGGCACUGAAAAACCUUGCCACUGUUUUCCUUCAACAAGGUUCAACUCAUUAUGAGAAUGCUCUUCACUGUUAUCUUCAAGCUGUAGAGAUUGAUACAAAAGAUUCAGUUAUCUGGAAUCAGCUGGGAACAUUAUCAUGCUCGAUGGGGUUGCUAAGUAUUUCCCGUUGGGCAUUUGAGCAGGGGCUUCUUUGCAGCCCUAAUAAUUGGAAUUGCAUGGAGAAACUUUUGGAAGUUCUUAUUGCCAUUCGUGAUGAGGUUGCCUGUCUCUCUGUUGCAGAGUUGAUUUUGAGCCACUGGCCUUCACAUUCCCGUGCUUUGCUUGUCAAAAGUACUAUUGAAGAGUCUGAGCUAGUUCCAUUUGCUCCUAGAGGUAUAGACAAGCUGGAACCUAAGCAUGUGCGGCUUAAAUUCCUUGACAAGAGAAAAGCAACAGAUGAAAAUAUUGAUGAAGGCAAGGGUAUUUCCUGUAAGAAGUUGAAGAAGAAUAUAGAAUUAUGCCUGCCUGAGUCUUCAUGGGCUGCUCUUGCUGAUGCUCUUCUGGAAAUUUUACUUCCAUUAAAAGGUGGUGUUUCUGAGACGAGGUCUGAGAAAGACUAUAGAUCUGGGGAUGUUACUUUAACUGUCCGUUUACCUUCUCAUUUGGAUGUUGUUAUGUCUUCUAAUGAAAAUAAAGUGCUGAAUCCAAUAUCUAGUGAAAGUCUGUGUGCUGCUGAUUAUAACUCUGAAAGAUCCAACCUUGUUAAAGAAAGAGAAGCAAAUACUUUUGAAGAACACCCUCAUGAGAGGCGGAGCACUCGCCUUGAGAGGCUUAGGAGUCGUAAACCAGGAAAAGAAGAAUUGGAUUUUGCUGCCAGCAAGGAUCUGGCCAAAGGUGUACUUCAGUUACUAGAACCUUUUAUUGUCUGCAGGCUUAGAAGUAAAGGUUCUGAUCAAGAAGCUAGUUGUUCUGUAUCAUGUCCUCAUCAGCCUACUUUGGAUACAGAAUAUAAGGAUGUUUCCACAUUUGUAGAAGAAACUUCAACAAAUUAUGGUGCAUAUCAUAUGUGCCACUUGCUUUUAGACCAUGCUGCAACUCGGAGUUUUGCAUAUCAAGAUGCAUUUAUCAAAUUUCUGGAGUUGGAGAGGCUGACAAGGCAUUGGGGCCAGGAUAGGACCCCUGAAUGUAGUCUUUUUCUUGCUGAAUUAUAUCAUGACCUAGGGUCUCUGCCUUCAAAUUCUCUGAAGUUGCCAGAAUUCAUGUCAGAGGUAUCGUAUCAUCUUUGCAAAAUAAUAGAAUCAGUUGCUUUGGAUUAUCCUUUUCACUCGAACCAUAUAUCUGGUAAUGAAAGCUGCUCUUUUCUGAAGAAUUCUCAAGAAAAUAGUGAAAUGUUUGCCAAAGACUCUAGUUUACAGGAUUCAUUUUUUAAUAAUUUGUUAGUGAAUGAUAAAAGUUCCUUUUGGGUUCGAUACUUCUGGUUGAGUGGAAAAUUGUCUAUCUAUGACGGCAACAAGUCUAAAGCUCAUGAAGAGUUCUGUAUUUCUUUGUCCCUUUUGGUGAAGAAAGAAAAAGUGAAUGAUGCUCCCUGUUCAGUUCAACUUCCACACCUGAAGCUCAAUAAAGAGUUAACUGUAAACAGGAUUCUUCAUGAAAUUAAUUUAUUAAAGGUUGAUUUCUUGCUUGAGAAGACUGUAGGCGAGAUGAUUGAGAAAGAAAUGUACGUGGAGUGCAUAAACUUGCUUGCUCCACUUCUAUUUUCUACAGAAAAUGUUCACGUUGAUGUACUACCGUCACAUGCUUCUAAUAGUAAAGGUGAAGGACUUGCAUGCAUUGAAUUAUCAGCAAUAGAUUUAUUAAUUCAAGCAUGUGAAAAGACAAAGCCAAUGGACAUUGAGGUACAUUUGAAUUGCCACCGGAGAAAGCUGCAAAUACUAAUGCAAGCAGCUGGUAUUGAUGAAUAUGGAACUCUCCGUCAGAAAUAUGGGUUAAAUGCACUUUCUGCCUCUGAUAUCACCCCAAAAGAAAAUCCAGGAAAUCAUGGGUUGGAGUUGGUGAUGGAGGAGGUGAAAGCAAUUUCACAUUGUGUGUCACAAUUGAAGAUGGAUUCUUCACUUAAUUCUAAUUGUGUAGUAACUCCAAUGGGCAUCAUCACAGAUAUUCAAACUUUGCUCCUGGCAGUCAUGUGCCAUGUUGCAAUAAACUGCCUCUGUAAGAGAUCUUCUGCUGAUGAAAGUGAACAAAAGCAAGAAUUCUGCUUUGUUGAUGCCGGUAUUGCAUUCUGCAAACUUCAACAUCUCAUCCCUACUGUCCCUGUCAAAACCCAAGUUGCAUUAAUUGUGGCAAUCCAUGACUUGCUUGCUGAGUAUGGACUAUGCUGUGUGGGUGAGGGGGGCAAAGGGGAGGAAGGAACAUUUCUUAGAUUUGCAAUAAAGCACCUCUUAGCCCUGGACAUGAAGCUCAAGUCCAAUCUAAACUCAUCAAGCAGAGAAUCAACUCAGCAUGAUAAGCAGCUUUCCCCUCACUCUCAAAACAAAAUAUCUAAAAAGGAAUUAAAAUCUGAUACGCUGGAUGUGGUGAUGGGGGGGACUGAAAUUGAUGAAACAAGUGCUGUAGGGAAUGAUGCUGUGGGAGGAAUUACUUCUGCAAGCAUUCAUUCUCUUUUUGGCCCAGAGAAAGACAAUGCAGGUGUAGGAUGUGAAAUGCAAGUCAGUGAUGAGGACAAGAACAAAGGAGGAAAAACCACUGAACGAUCUACGGAAUCUAGAAAUGAACUUACUGAAGAUGAAGGGGAGGAACUUGAGUUAAUAAUCGAUGGUGCUCUGGAUCAAUGCUUUUUCUGCUUAUAUGGUCUCAAUAUUAGAUCUGAUUCAUCCUAUGAGGAUGACCUAGCCAUGCACAAAAAUACUAGUCGUGGAGAUUAUCAGACCAAGGAACAAUGUGCUGAUGUUUUUCAAUAUAUAUUGCCCUAUGCAAAGGCUUCUUCUAGAACUGGAUUGGUAAAACUUCGCAGAGUGUUAAGAGCCAUUCGCAAACACUUUCCACAACCACCUGAAGAUGUUUUGAUUGGAAAUGCAAUUGAUAGGUUCUUAGAUGAUCUUAAUUUAUGUGAAGACAAACUCUCAGAGGAAGCAGGUUCCGAAGGGUAUCUUGAGACCAUAACAAAGAUGGUAUUUCCUGAUGUGGAAACUGUCAAACAGCAUAGGUCAAUGAUGGUUGGAAGCUCUGAGCCAUAUUUGGAUGUAUAUUGCAACUUAUAUUAUUUUCUAGCUCUGUCAGAGGAAAUGAGUGCAACUGAUAAGUGGCCAGGCUUUGUACUUACCAAGGAAGGUGAAGAGUUUGUACAGCAGAAUGCAAAUCUCUUCAAGUACGAUCUUCUGUACAACCCUUUACGGUUUGAGAGUUGGCAACGGCUUGCAAAUAUUUAUGAUGAGGAGGUUGAUUUGUUGUUAAAUGAUGGAAGUAAGCACAUAAAUGUAGCAGGAUGGAGAAAGAAUACUACUUUGCCUCAGAGAGUUGAGACAAGUCGAAGGAGGAGCAGGCGUUGUCUAUUAGUGAGUUUGGCUUUGGCGAAGACAUCAGUUCAGCAGUGUGAGAUACACGAGUUACUGGCAUUGGUAUACUAUGACAGCCUUCAGAAUGUGGUACCAUUUUAUGACCAGCGAUCUGUUGUGCCUGCGAAGGAUGCAGCAUGGGUUGCACAUUGUGAGAACUCACUGAAGCAUUUUAGAAAAGCUUCCUUGCACAAGCAGGACUGGUCACAUGCAUUCUAUAUGGGAAAACUCUGUGAGAAGCUUGGAUACUCAUAUGGGACAUCAUUAUCAUAUUAUGAUAAGGCUAUUGCUUUGAAUCCAUCGGCCGUGGAUCCUGUCUAUAGGAUGCAUGCUUCACGCUUGAAGUUACUUUGCUUCUAUGGAAAGCAGAAUCUGGCCCUUUUAAAGUUUUCUUUUAUCCAGGUCCUAUCUGGAUAUUCCUUUAAUCUAUCAAUAAAGGAAGCUGCUAUGAAAAUCCUUGGUGAAUUAGCUCUUGAAAUGCCACAUUUGCCGGAUGAUACGAAGGACAGAAGCACUCAAGAAGAUUCCCUGCAGAGAAAGCACGAGGAAUUUAUUCGCAUUGAAGAAGUGUGGAAUAUGCUUUACAAUGAUUGCAUUUCUGCUCUGGAAAUUUGUGUUGAUGGGGAUCUCAAACAUUUUCAUAAAGCCAGAUAUAUGCUUGCUCAAGGACUAUAUAGAAGGGGUUUGAAGGGUGAUUUGGAGAGGGCCAAGGAUGAACUUUCUUUUUGUUUUAAAUCAUCCCGCUCAUCCUUCACUAUAAAUAUGUGGGAGAUCGAUAGCAUGGUUAAAAAAGGGAGGCGGAAAACAUCAAAUUUCCCUGGAAACAAAAAGAUCCUUGAAAUUAACUUACCAGAAAGUUCUCGAAAAUUUAUCACUUGCAUUCGGAAGUAUGUGUUGUUCUACUUGAAAUUAUUGGAGGAAACCGGAGAUAUUUGUACCCUGGAUCGUGCAUUUAUAUCUCUUCGGGCAGACAAAAGGUUUUCAUUGUGCAUUGAGGAUCUUGUACCAGUUGCCCUGGGGAGGUUCAUCAAGGCCCUUGUAUCAUCCAUGCAUCAAGCUGGCUCUGGUGCACUGGGCAGCUCUGAGCAUCAACUGGAGAAGAUGUUCUCGUUAUUCAUGGAACAGGGAAACUUAUGGCCAGAAAUAUUCACCUUGCCUGAGAUCAGAAGCCCAGAAAUAUCAGAAGCAAGCUUGUACACCUACCUCCACAGAUAUAUUGCAUCACUAGAAAGAAAUGGCAAGCUGGAGACACUUGAAGCAAUAAAUGAGAAGAUCCGGAAGCGUUUUAAGAAUCCCAAGUUGUCAAAUAGUAACUGUGCAAAAGUUUGCAGGCAUGCGUCUGUUGCUUGGUGUCGUUCUCUUGUAAUUAAUUUAGCAUUGAUCAGUCCAUUACGACCUGGAACUCCAAUUGAGAUGCCGAGCCUUAACCCAUCAGAUAACAGUCUGGAAACUAACCCCUUGCUUUGUGUUGAUCUGAAAACAAAUGAGUUCUGGAAUUCAGCAUUUGAGGAUUCUAUCCAUUUGGAAAAUCUUGAAACAAAAUGGAAUCCAGUGUUGGGUAAAAUUAAGAACAUCAUUGUAGAAAGGGCUUCAGAUGAAAAUUUUGAGACAGCCAAUUCCUUGCUUAGAAGCUCUUAUAAUUUCUUCCGGGAGAGUUCCUGUGUUUUGCUUCCAUCUGGUCUCAACUUGUAUUUGGUGCCAACUCGGCUAUCUAAGGAAACACAACUUCAGCCUCUCAUAAAUGGGGUUGAAAUUCUCGAUCUGAGCAUUCCAAGGAAGCUCCUCUUAUGGGCUUACACGCUAUUGCAUGGCCGUUAUGCGAACAUCUCUGUGGUACUGAAACAUUGUGAAGAAAAUAUCAAGUCAAAGAUGAAAAAGGGAGCUUCAACUUCAUCCACGCCUUCAAAUACUAGUUCGCCUGCUACUGCUGCAGUUCAUACAGGUAGUGCGAAAGACGGCGCAAAUCACGGUGGAGGCAUCGAACCAGAUACUGUUUUGACAACAGCUCCUAUGUCAGUAACGACAUCUGUCUCGUUGUCCGAGAACGAGAACACGCAAAGCACAAAUCCUUCACCAACUUCUGGUGAAAACCAAAAGAACUUGGUUGCUUCUUCUCAGCUAAACCCUGUUAAUGCCACACUUGCUGAAAGGAGUUCCACAGUGCAUGGAGAAGAUCAGAACAGGGGCUGACCGAACGGCUAGAAAUUGAACAAAUUUGUUGUAGAAAAUGUCUUGUGUAUUAUUUCCAAAAGAGAUUUUGUUAGAAGGAAAGCAAUUGGAUACAUGAUUGAAUUUGCUAGUCUGUAGCAAGUUCUGUAAAUAGAAAAAAUGUAAUUAAUCUUCUCCUGUUUAGGUA